AUGCAGAUGUAUUUGUGCCUUGGCAGUCGACAUGAGGGAGAUAUAGCCUACGCACUAUCCAUCAUUUACGCGUUCCUUGAUUCGCCUCGUGAGAUUAGUGGCGAUAUUUGUUGCGACAACAAGUCGAUCGGCUCGACCAAUGAAGAAGGAGAUGGAACUGUCUUUGUCCAAGACACGAAAUCCAACGUGAUUCCGAUGGAAGAAGUCAACGACUGGGACGAUGUUGUCGAGUCUGAAUUUUCCGAACGUCAGCCGUGCGGAUGUCAAAAUUCAACGAAUACAUUGAUCAUGGAGCUACAACUGAAAGAUCUUGAAAUCCAACGCCUCAAAAACCAAGUGGCCGAAGUCAAAGCACGAUAUCGACGAGACACUCGGCAAUUGAAGCGGGAAGUUGAAGCGAUACAGAGUAAGUGCGUCAACGACGAACAGUUGCGCCAAAAACAAUCUCGCAUUCUUAAAGCGUCGAUUCAAAAAGCGUCGGCCACGUUGAGCUAUUUCCUCGCGCGACAACCGACCCAAAUCCCAGACGUCUAA